AUGUGUGUAGCCAACCUUAACGUCUCCACACAACCAUGCUCGCAUCGCUGGUAUACCCUCGUCAAACCUUGCACUAGCACCACAAAUCUCUCCAACUGCUCCUCGAAACUCGCUCUUGAGGGCUGGGAGACACGACUCGAGUCUUGUCCUUGGUGCGACGACUCGGCUUCUGAUCCCAGCAUUCUCGACGACAGCACCCAUCGCUUGUUUGGCGGCAGUGUAUCUCGCUCCCGCAGUGGCAGUCUGGGCACUUCUGGAAUCGGUGCUAUGCCCAUUGCUGCAGAGAGACACAGGCGCCAGAGCAGUGCGACCAACUCUACAACUUCAUUGUCGAGAAGCAACAGUGGCCGCGACGAUGAUGCAGAGGCCGAAGAGUUGGGCAGAGGUGAAAAGGCACGCAUGAUGAACUGGCGGUUGGAUGUCUACUUGACGGGCAAUGCUGAGCGAAAGCCAAGCAUGUCGCAGGAAGUUGAGAACAUCGCACCUGAAACUUCCGUGCCUGAACAAAGCGGUUUGGCCAGAUCUGGAAGUAUCAGAAGAUCUGGCAGUCUUCUGGGCAGGAAGAUGAAGAAGGGUAUGCGUUUGAGCAAGACCAUCUUCAAGGGUUGA